CUGUAAUAAAAAAGUUAAGUUGCCUUGUCUUUCUUCGCUCUUGUUUCAAUUAUGAAUUAGUAGUACUCAAAAAUCGCAAAGCGUACACAGCAUAGCAUAGCUCUCACUUGUCCGAACCGAGAUCAUUUGGGGUUGUCUCCCACAUUGCACACGGGAAUCUACCUGCCCGGAACCCCAAUUUGCUCCGAACACCAUGUAUUCGUCUGGCCAACAGAUGCCAAUACGUCCAAAUGUGUUAAGUGUACAAGUUCCAUCAGCAAUGAACUACACUGGUCAAAAUGACACAUCUAAUGCUGCAAGGGAUGGAUCAGAGAAUGGAGCAGAAUCUCUUGUCAACCCUUCUAAGAAACUUGAGAACGACAUGCUCUUGCUAGGAAAAAAGAUUAAACAACAUGAAGAAAACAUCAAGUAUUUAAGGACUCAUAAGAACAGUCUAGAUGAUGUGAUUACAGAUAUGCAAGUUACUCUGGGAAAGUAUCAUUCCUCAUCUGCACCUAAGAUAGAAGAUGGGGAUCUUUCACAAAUGCACACUGAAGAGGCCACAAUUGAAAAUAUCAUGAAAAAUGAAAAAUCAGCUGCUGCUAUUGUGUGCCAGCUUAAACGACACCGUAAUCAAGCUACUCAUAUCAAAGAUGUUCUUGGUGUUGUAGCUACUUUAGGUAAAGUCAACGAUGAUAAUCUUAGCAGGAUUCUAUCAGAGUAUCUUGGGCAAGAUAACAUGUUGGCUUUAGUUUGCAUGACAUAUGAUGGUGUGAAAGCUCUUGAAUCUUAUGACAAAGAAGGUUGUAUUAAUAAAAGUUCAGGUCUUUUAGGGCUUGGAACUGCUAUAGGACAAAUCUUGGAAGGGCGUUAUAAUGUCAUUUGUCUUGAAAAUAUGAGUCCAUAUUAUGGUGAGUUUCUAGCUAAUGAUGCGCAAAGGAGGCUUGCUCUUUCAAAACCAACAUUACCAAAUGGUGAAACGCCAGCUGGAUUUAUGGGGUUUGCUGUGAAUAUGAUCCAUAUCAAUAGUGAACAUUUGUUUUAUCUAACAAACAAAGGGAAUGGUUUAAGAGAGACUCUUUUUUAUACUCUGUUUUCGCGAUUACAAGUUUAUAAAAGUAGGGCAGAAAUGUUACAGGCCCUACCUUGCAUACAUGAUGGAGCCGUUUCAUUGGAUGGAGGAAUUAUAAGAAGUUGUAGUGUUUUUUCUCUUGGCACAACUCGGGAAGAAGAGGUGAAAGUGAGAUUCCCGAUAAGUUCAGGGGUUUCUUAUUUACCUGAGGAGUAUAUUGAAGUUGAAAAGGAGAUGAAGGAGUUUAAAUGGAAAAGGGAAAGGAUGAUGGAAGAUAUACAAAGGGAAGAAGCAAUGUUGGCUCAUGUGAAGUUCAAUUUUGAAUUCAAGAAGCAAGAAUUUCUUGGUUUUAUGGCACAAAGCUCGCCUUAUACAAUGCAGUACCCCCCAAUGCAAGCACCUCCAGGAAGAUCGACUCCUAGAUAAACACCUCCUUUUGACUUUUGACAAUGGCACCAUCAAAAAACCAGCUGAAU